AUGGCUCCCCGAAAGCCAACCGCCGUCCCCACGACCGCCGCUUUGCCCCAUAGCCAUCGUCUACCGCCCUCAAGUCCCGACGUCCUGAGAACACUAUCCAGGCUUUCACGUCCGACGCUCAUAUCACUGGCUGUAGAAUGGCUAGAGGAGAAGAACCGCGACUUUUGCGCACCGUUUCUGGCCGACGAUGGAUCAGACAUCGAAUCACGUGACGAGCUAUACACAGUAGCGCACAGCUACGAAGAGCUGCAAGAGACAUACGAGGAGCUCGGAGCAAGAAAAGGCGGCAAGAGACAAGUCAUAGACCGCAUAACAGAAGGCGACUGGAGGCAUGGCGUCUCCCUGUACCAGCUCGCUAUGGCCGACACCCGCUACCUCCUGGACCACCCAACCUCCCUACGCUGGAACGCCCUCCGUCUAGCCAGAGUCGGCACCUCCGAAGGCGCCAGCAGCGAAGUCGACCAUCUGCCGCGCUUCCACGCAGACACCUACCUCCGCAACCUCCAGCGCGAAGUCGCGCCCCUGGCCAAAGCGCACUACUACAUCACCAAGCUCAAAACGAUGCCCAUCACCCUCCUCCGGGUCCAGAUCCACGACACGCCCUACAACACCCCGCAAAUCACAGUCCAGCACCCGUCAGCACUAACCCUCUCCCAAAACACCACCUCCGAAACAACAACCAAGUCCCUCUUCGCCGCCUUCCCCACCGGCUCCCCCUUCAUCUACAUCUCGCUCGCGACAUCAGUCGGCCAGAGCGCCGGUAGCGACAGCCGCUCACUGCGCAGCCUCAUCGUCGACGCGAUCCCGAAAGCGCUGUCGCGGCCGCAAUGCCGGUAUGUCCUCAAAACAACGUCUUUGUCCGCGCGCUCGCUCGAGGCGCUCCUCUCGCUGCGCGGUCCGGGCCGUAGUAAUGAGGCCGCGGGCGGCUGGAGCAUCUUUGCUGAGCAUAAGGGGGCCGGAGUCGGGGUGAUGGAGCAUGUUAAGCGUCCGGCGCCGGCUCAGGCGACGAAGCAAUCGCAAAGCCAGCAGCAGGGAGGGCAUGGCGACGGGGCUAAUGCCGGUAUUGGGGCUCCCGAGACCCGGCCUAAAGGCCUCAAGCGAGCGCGCCAGGACUCCGCCAUCUCGCCCGGCGUGGAGUCGCCGGCGUCGAAACGGCGGAGGCUGGUCGCUGAGGGUCGCUUCGGUUGCUCGGGUCUCCCGGACGAUGGGAAGGGGAUCGAGCGCUUUGAUGUGCGCAUCGAGGACGCGUUCCCUGAUGUGCCAGAAGCUGUGGCGGCUGCUGGGAAACCGGGCAUGUCUGGCAAGAAGGUGUCGUCCAAGGGGACGAAGGCGCUCUUGGAUCCAGGUGCCGCAUCCGGAGAUGAACACGAUGAGGCAGCAGCGCCAGCGGACGCAAACGCGUCGAACUGGACGCCCGACGUCCGCUUCAGCUUCCAGGGCGCGCAUGUUUUUGCGGGAAUACGGCAGCUUGUGGGAAGCGGUGUCGUGGAUGGAGAGAAAAUGCCUGGAUGGAUGACGGGGGAGGCUGGGGUCAGUGUUGGGGCUGUUAAUGAGGGCAGGAUUAUGGUGAAGGAGAAUUAG